UCCGCUUGUUUAUGUUUCGUUCGCUUCCUGUUUCCAAGAUGGCCGAGGCGCAUGCGCUUUGCGCUGUCCUAGAAGUUGCCCUCUGUCUAACGCGAGUUAGAAAGACCUUUCAGCUUCUCUUUCUCGAUGCUGGGCGAUUGAGUGAAUCUGGGGGCUCCUGUUCUUUAAUAUAGCGGCAAUGGCGGGAUUGAAGAAGACUACUGGGCUUGUGGGAUUAGCUGUAUGUAACAAUCCACAUGAAAGCCUCAAGUUACUAUAUACAAAAAUUCUGGGUAUUUUAGAGAGUAUGCCUCAGGAUGCAGCAUAUAGGAAAUAUACAGAGAAAUUUACAAAUGAACGGUUUGAUAUAGUGAAAGCAGAAUCUGAUGUGCGAAGGCUGGAAAACAAACUAAACGCUGGACAGAUAGAAGAAGUGAUUCAGCAGGCUGAAAAUGAACUUUCCUUAGCUAAGAAAAUGUUGAAAUACCGUCCUUGGGAACCUUUAGUUGAAGAACCUCCAGAAAACCAGUGGAAAUGGCCAAUGUAAUUAACAGUGUUUCAACUUCCUUGUAAACAGAAUUAUUUCAUUAAAUGUAUGCUGGAUAUGA